UAAGAAAUUAAAUUAAUUAUUAAAAGUAAACUAUAUUAAAAUACUAAGACUUGAAUUUCGUUUAAAGUGCAAUGAAAUAAACGAGAAAUUACACAAUCAAAUAUCUGAAUAAAUUACAAUAUAAAGAAAGGUGUGUAUUGCUUAACGUCACCUUUUAAGAAUCGUGGGUGAAAUGAAUACUACCUACACAUGAUUUUAUUUACUUUUUUCUAACACAAAUAAGUUUACUAACUUUCAGAAAAUUGUGCGAAAGUAGUUUUAAAAGUUUAAAGCAAUGCUUAUUUUUUCCAUUUUAGUACUACUUAAAUAUUGUAAAAUAUUUUUUACACUUUUAUUAUUAGCAGAAGGUAGAGAAGUUGUUAUUAAAAGCAAAGAGAGCACAGUUGUUUUUGCAUAUAGACCUGGUAUUGAAGGUGAGAGUGGACUUGAUGUCUGUGAACCUAAUCAGGCAUGUAAUAUUGUUCACAACCGUUUUUGGCUUCCAACAUUGACGGAAAGAUUAUGUCGAUGUUCAGAAGGACAAGAAUGUCCUUGGCACUGGAAUUAUAUUAAAAUUUCAAAUAGCAGUACUAGUGAGUCUUCAAUUAUAAUUAAUAAUAGAUCGGUACUUCAGUUUUGCAGUUCAAAGGAUUUGAAAAAUAUGAAAAUAUGUUCCACUAAUGAAUCAGCAAUUACUCUACUGGGAAAAAGUAAUUCCAAUAAUACAUUAAUACACUCACUUUCAAUAAAAGUUAAAUGUAAAUGUCAGAAUCCAUUUUUUUGGAAACUUCAUAAAGCAAAGUAUAUGAAAAGUCAAACGGUUUUGCAAGAUUACAAAUGUGCUACACAAUGGAUGUGUGACUCACUUGACUUUUGUGGUCAUGUUAGAACUGAUUUCUUUUCUGUUUAUUAUCGUUGUACUUGUCCACAAAAUCAUUGGUGCAUUUUCCGAACAAAUGAACAAGAAUACAAAACCUACGUACAUGAGCUUGCUUAUACAGGAACAGCUUUUAAAGCCUAUUGCAUUCCACACACCUAAUAUUUUAUUUAUCUUUUUCUUUACUAAUUAUUUUAUUGAUAAAUAAAAUAAUAAACUAUUGCUUUAGAAAAAAGAUGACAAACAACAUCUAUUGUGACUAUUACUUAAUAUAUAUCCUUUUAAAACUAUUAGACAAUUAGAAACAGAAAAAUUCCAGGGUUGUCACAAAUUUUCUUUUUUCCAGAUAAACUUUAAUUAAGAGUGAUUAGAUACUUAAAAAAAUGUCCUACUACAUUUUGUCCUACUACGAAUUUCUUUAAUUGUAAAAUUAUUCGAAAACAUCAAUAACUUCUUUUUUAAGUUGAUCUAUUUAUGCGAAUAUUGUAAACGCAACUCUUUUAAAAU